AUGUCCAUCUUUGACGACUCCCCUCCCCCCGCUGCGCGCUCGCGCUCCUCCCUCUUCGACGACGACUUCACGACCGCGACGCCAGGCUCAGGCUCGCUCUUUGACGACUCUGGGCCUGAUCCGUGGGCCACGGGACUGCCGGUGCCGCGCCGUGGGGCCGACAGCGACAUCACAAAGACGUUGCUGACGCCUGACAAUGCGAGUAUCCCUGAGGAGUAUGUAGACUACUACGACGCAUUGCUGGCACAGUAUGCGGCGCCGGGUGGUAUCUCCAUGGAGGGCGUGGGGAAGAUACUGCUUGAGGCCGGGAUUGACUCUACGGCGAGGGAGAGGAUUUGGGGGGUCAUCAUGAGGGGCGGGAAGGAGAGUGUAGGUAGGGAUGAGGUCAAUGUGCUUCUAGCUAUGAUCGGGCUGGCACAGGAGGGCGACGAGAUCAGUAUUGAUGGGGUCGACUACCGGAGGAGAAAUCUUCCAAUCCCAAGAUUUACUACGAUCGUAGCUCGACAGCAUCAUCGCGAGUCAGGUGUCGAGACCCCUACAACGUCUCUUGCAUCUUCAACCCACAAGUCCGCCAAUACCGCCCCGCACUCUGGCCACGACCAAUCACAGGACCAGCCGACCUCACCAAGCUCCAUAAAGCCACUUGUGGUCCACCGUCAGCAGUCAACACCCAUUAGCACCUCUCCUAUCCGUACACGCACCUCGAAGUUUGUUGAUGAGGUUGAAGACCCCUGGGGUAGCGGCCCCGCAGUAGUACAAAGCCACACCGCGCCUCCCGUCAUCGAGGCUCCCGUAAGCGUGCAUCAAACCAGCCCGACUGCGGAGCGUACCAACUCCUUCAACUACCAGCCUCCCGCGUCUGCGCGCCCUGCAAGCACACAUGUCCGCGGCGACUCGCAGGGCCGCGCCAGCUCCCUAGGCCGCAACGAACCGUACUCGUCGCCGACGCGCAUACGCAACCAGAUCGACGACUCGGAGCUCGAGCCCGACGACAUCCACUCAGCGCUCCGAAACAACGGCGCGAACCGCACAAGCGCGUCGUCGGCGUGGGGAGUCUAUGAAGGCGGCCCGCACGCAGAGACGGGUGGGUAUAAUCCGUCGCUGUUUUCGGAGCCGAGCGUGCCGGCGCGGCAUGGGUCGUUUGGAGGCCUCGGCGGGACUACCAUUCAGCCUGAGGCGAGGGUUCCGAGUAGGGGGCCAGAAGAGGUUGUCACAGUGUCGGUGCUGCCCGAGAAGGAGGGCAUGUUUAUGUUCCAGCAUCGCAAUUAUCAGAUUGCGAGUGCGAGACGGGGCAGCAGGGUUGUGAGAAGAUAUAGCGAUUUUGUCUGGCUUCUGGAAUGUCUGCAUAAACGCUACCCCUUCCGCCAAUUGCCUCUCCUACCACCCAAAAGACUAGCUGUUAACGGGCACUACCUCUCAGCCGACGCCGCCUUCGUCGAGCGCCGCCGCCGCGGCCUCUCCCGCUUUGCCAACGCCCUCGUGCGCCACCCCGUCCUCUCCCAGGAGCAACUCGUCAUCAUGUUCCUCACCGUGCCCACGGAGCUCACCGUCUGGCGGAAGCAAGCCACCAUCUCCGUGCAAGAAGAAUUCGCCGGCAAGCCUCUCCCCCCGGGCCUCGAGGACAGCCUCCCCGUGAACCUCGAACAGACAUUCGACACUGUGCGCAGCGGCCUCCGCAAGUCCAGCGAGAUCUACAUCCAGCUCUGCAACCUCCUUGAGCGCCUCGAGAAGCGCAACGAGGGCAUUGCCGCCGACUACCUCCGCUUCAGUCUCGCGCUCCGCUCCCUCACCGACUGCAGCGAGGCCACUUACGCCGUCGACACCAACGAGAUCCCGCUCUUGAACAAUGGGCUCCUCGCCGUCUCGCAGCACCUGUCAAACUGCCAGACGCUGCUCGAGGACGAGACAAAGGCGUGGGACGUCGGCAUCUUGGAGGACCUCAAGCGCCAGCGUGAUUGCUUGGUGAGCAUGAGAGAGCUGUUUGACCGCAAGGAGCGCCUGGCCGUCGAUAAUGUGCCGCAGCUGGAGAGACGCAUCAAGGCGAGUCAGGCGAAGCUGGAGGUGCUGAGGAACAAGCCGGAGGGCACGGUGAAGCCCGGUGAGAGGGAGAGGGUCGAGGAGAGUAUUGUGAGGGAUAAGGCGAGCAUCGUGGAGAUGGUCAAUAGGAGGGUGUUUGUGAAGGAGUGUGUCAGGGAUGAGCUGAUCCAUUUCCAGAGCAGCCAGUAUCAUGUUUCGAGGUUGUACCAGGAUUGGAGUCAGGAGAGAGUCAAGUAUACGGAGCUGCAGGCGGAUAAUUGGAGGGCACUCUGUAACGAAGUUGAAGAAAUGCCAUUAGGCGAGUAG